AUGCCGCAGGAAAAGUUCCGAGGAGGGUUCCGCUUCAUGACGGUCGUGGCGAAAUCUCGAGUGGAAGUGUCAAACAUCAGCUGCGCCAUUGGUUUCUCACCGUCGCAACCGGACUUACGGGACUACUCUGGAUUUUUCUGGGCACCAGAAGACGACUUGCUCACGAGGAUCUGGUACGCUGGAGCAUAUACAGUGCAAACAAACAUAGGUCCACUGGACACCGGCCGCUUCCUGCCGCAGGUCAGACCCGGCUGGGCAUACAACUCCAGCACUGGAGUAGCCGGCCCAAUCCUGAUGGAUGGAGCCAAACGAGACCGCGCAGUGUGGCCAGGAGACCACGGCUUAACCGGAAACACAGCCUUCCUCGCGCUGGGCGACGCAGGACUGGAAGCCUUCAGAAACGCACUCGAGACCAUGUUCUACCACCAGAACAGCACCACCGGGCGAUUCCCCUACGCCGGGCCCUCGACCCGGUCCUUCAACGGCGGCAACGCGAGCGACACGUACCACGCCUGGAACCUCAUCUCCAUCUUCAACUACGCCAUCUUCACCGGCGACGAAGCCUGGCUCGACGAGCACUGGACCAACAUCACGCGCGGCGUCGACUACAUCCUCGCCGGCCUCGACAACGACAUCGGCCUGCACAACCAAAGCACGCGGUACGACUGGGGCCGGCAGGGCGCAGGCGGCUACAACAGCGCCCUCAACGCCCUCGACUACCACGCCCUGACCUCGCUCUCCUCCCUCGCCACUUCCCUCAACCGCAGCACCGACCUCGCCGCCGCCUGGUCCGCCGCCGCCUCCCGCCUGCAAGAGGCCUACAACACGCACCUCUGGGACGACGCCGCCGGGCUCUACCGCGACAACACAACAACGACCCUCCACCCACAAGACGGCAACGCCCUCGCCCUCCUCUACAACCUCCCCGGCACCGCCCACCCCGCUCGCUCUGCCGCCAUCAGCGCCGCCCUGACACGCAACUGGAACGCCAUCGGCCCCGUCACGCCCGAACUCCCGGACGUGAUAUCGUCCUUCAUCUCCAGCGUCGAGGUCAUGGCGCACCUGUCGUCGUCCCAGUCCUCCUCGUCCUCGGAAAUGGCUGCUCGAGGUCUGACCUUGAUCCGCCGCCUCUGGUCCUUCCUCCUCGACGCGCCCACCAUGACCGGCUGCACGCUGGCCGAGGGCCUCGCCGCCAACGGCAGUCUCCAUUACCGCGGCGCGUCCGGGUAUAACUUCGAUCCGGCGUACACGAGUAUGGCGCACGGGUGGGCGUCGGGCCCGACGAUUGCGCUGUCGACGAGGGUGGCUGGGUUGGAAGUGGUCGGGUGGCGGCGGUGGAGGUUUGAUCCAGCGCCUGGAGGGUUGACGAGGGUCGAGGCGGGGUUUAAGGGCCCGCUGGGGGAGUUUCGGGUCGGGUGGGAGGUGCUGGAGGGGGGUGUGUUGGAGGCGAAUGUGACGACGCCGGAGGGGACGGAGGGGGGGAUGGAGGGGCUGGUGGAGAAGUGUGAGGGUGUGGAGGUGGACGGGGUGGGGUAUGAGGGGGGAGUGGUGGUGGGAGGGGGAGGGACGAAGAGGGUGAGGGCGGUGGGGUGUGUUGGCUUGUAG